GUUACAAUACUUGUGAAGCAGGUCUAAAAGAUGGGUUUUGUUUCGAAUAGCAGUUCUUUCAUCGGUUCACCCCGUAUGCACUAAAUUACAUACACGACCACGACGUCCCACGACACUGUGUUAGCAGGACAUAUUAGUGUUGUCAGUCAUAAAUACUAUUACAAUUCUGUAAUCGAAAUGUUAAACUGAAAUUUCUGAACCAAAUGCAAAGAUGAAAGAAAAAUUCGUGAGGAACCGUCUAAACGGGACAUUAAAAUAACUGGCCUAAGUUCGCAAAUUGAUACUACUCUGCCUCGGGUGGUCUAAAGUUGUGCAUUAAAAAAAUAAAUUGAAUUUCACGCAGUUACAUAAUUUAUACUGUCGAUACAUUUAUAAUAAUGUGCAAGUACUGUGCAUACAUGUAUACAUGGACAUGUAAUGCAACCAACCUCUCGUAGGUUUUAUCAGUUAAGAUUGAUUACCUUGAAUGCAAUGUAUUUGAUAAGUGAAGUAGUUAGAUUGCAUACAGGAUGCAGCAGGAUCAACCACCGGACGCCUCGCUUUGGACGACCAGGCUGUUUCUAAAGUCAACAGAAAGAAUUGACUUUAGUAAAACCCUUAAGAUGUUUGCGUCAAAACCACAAACAUCGAACAGCACCUUUUACACUGAAUUGGAGCCUGAUCAUGCGACGAGCAAAGAAUCAGACUCGAAGAAAUUGAACGAAUUGCAAACCAAUGAUUCUCGAAAUUCUGAUACAAGUAUAGAUAGUAAAAAGCAACAGAACUAUAAUGGACAUUCGUUUCGUAAAAUCGCUUCGUUCGGAGGCUUCCCAGGAUUUCGAUCCUUCAUAAUGUCAACCGAAGAUUCCACGGAGAGUGUUGAGACCGAAGCAGAAAAUGAAGAGAACUCCGAGCAAGUACCAUUCGUACGAGUAUCGCAUAGUGUAUUAGAAUAUAGAAGUAGUAGGUAUACAACAGAGUCCUAUACAAUAAGCGAGUCCGAAAGUGAAGAAGAAUCUGAUGGGGUGAAAUCGUCGGAAACGAAUUCGGCAGUAACGACGGUAGAUCAUGAUUCAGAAUUGAAAGCAGACGAUGGAACAGAUCAUCAAGAUUCGAAAAGCAAAAGAGCACGUCGAGUUGCCGAAGAACUGUUGGCCACUGAAGAAAAUUACGUUAGAGUUUUGCGAUUGAUUGAUCAGGUGUUCCAAUUCAAAAUCGACCAAGAGAAUAGAGCGCAUCCUAUGUUCCCUCCAGAGACGGUUCAACACAUGUUCUCCAAUAUCAAGUCAAUUUACAAAUUUCACAACGAUUUUUUACUGCCUCAACUUCAACACAGAAUGGAAAAUUGGGAAACGGACUCCAGAAUCGGAGAUAUAAUGAAAAACUUUGCUCCAUUUCUUAAGAUGUAUACUGAAUACGUGAAAAAUUUCGACUACGCAAUGAACCUGAUACAGAGCCUUCAAGUGAAGAUUCCCAGAUUCGCUGCGGUCAUCAACGAGAUUCAAAAGAUGGACGAAUGCGCCAAAUUAUCACUGCCUCAUCAUAUGUUGAGUCCAAUACAAAGGUUACCAAGAUAUCAACUCCUUCUGAAAGAUUAUUUAAAGAACCUAACAGAGGAAAGUGCUGAUUACGAGGACACCAAAAAGGCAUUGGAUUUAGUAUCUACUGCUGCUAAUCACUCGAACGAUGCAAUGAAGAAGAUUGACAAGUUCAAAAAGCUUCUCGAAAUACAAGAAAACAUAUACGACACGACGGAUCUAGUCAGUGCCACGCGGGAACUUGUAAAAGAGGGUCGUAUCGUUAAAAUUUCAGCGAGGAGCGGUGAUCACCAAGAACGUCAUUUAUUUUUGUUUAGUGAUCUUUUACUGCUUUGUUCGAUAAGAUUGAUACCCGGGCCCUUAUAUCGGUUAAGAGCUAAAUUUCUUAUCGAAAAUUUAAAUGUAAUCGAAGGUGACAAUCUCGAAACGGCAAAUUCAUUUUACAUAAGGGACGCAUAUAAAAGCGUAGAAUUGUACACGCAUGCAGCCGAAGAAAAAACAGCGUGGUUAGAGGCACUGUUCGAAACCAUGCAAGAAAUGAUGAAAAGGAAAGCGAGCCUAAAAACCGGAGACGUUAAAACGCUCGUUGUGAAGACUGAUGAUAUAUCUAGAUGUAUGAUAUGCGAUGUAAUUUUCUCUGUAAUGAGAAGAAAGCACAAUUGCAGAGCCUGUGGAAUAGUUGUUUGCGGUAAAUGUUCCAAUCAAAAGUUAUUGUUCGAAGAUAAUAAGAAUAUGAGGGUUUGUCGUCUGUGUCAUGCGGCCUUGACACAAUCGCUCAAUAAGUCUCCCUCUUCGACAUCGCCGACCGGUCCAAUACCAACUUUAUUACAAGUUUCAGCAAGCGCGUCGUCCGUCAUAUCUGGAUAUCUCAUGUUGAAAACUCAACCGAGCAAACCUUGGACACGACGAUGGUUCGCGUUACACGUAGACUUCGUUUUAUAUACGUUUAAAUCGGAAUCUGAAAAUAUGGCUAUAACGGCGACUCCUAUGCCUGGUUUCCUUGUUACUGACGGUAUUCAUUUACCAGAGGAAGAUCCGUUAAGUUCGAAGGACAGGCCUAAAGCGCUUAAAAUGCAUCAUUCCAGAAAAAGUUAUUACUUACAAGCAUCGUCAGAUGAAGACAAACAAAAGUGGUUCCAUGCUUUGCAAUUGGCUACCAAAGCGGAAUUACCAUCGUUUACAACAGAAAACGAAAACGCACAAGAAGAGCAAUUAAUCGUCCAUUCGCGAUGAACUAAUGAUCAAUUUUAUCUGCGCAAACGAGUUAUUCAUUGCCGUUAUCAUAUAAGAUUUCAGCGCGAUAAGAUAAUCUUUAAUAGGUAAUUAUUACACGAGAAGGACGUUAUGUUACAUAGUACAUAGAUACGUGCAUAAAUCAAUUGUUGUUGGCAUACUGUGGUUGAUUUAGUAAUGGCCAUGUUGCUAAAACGCUUGUUGUAUUUUGUACUAUUUUGUUAUAGUAUAUUUAAAAAUAUAUCAGUACAUAUAUUUAUAUAAUUGUCUAACUCGUUAUGUACGUAUCAUUUGUGAUCCAUAUCCCGAGAUUAUAGAAAACAUAAAGGUUCAUUCAAUUGUGUAAGAGAGAAGUGAAAUUUUUCUUCACAGUUAACGAAAGAAUAAAGUGCGAUCUAUGUAUAUGUUA